AUGUCUUUGGGUCCGCGUGACAGUUUAAAGAUCGAGCUCUUCAAUAAUGGCAGAACACUGGACGGAUUUGAGACGCAUUUUGCCAACAAUUACAUCGGCCACUUCCUGUUGACACGCCUUCUGCUGGACAAACUGGUGCAUUCUGGGAAUGAUGAGUCGUGUUCGAGAGUAAUCCGUGUGUCGUCUGCACAUUGCUACAGUGCCCAUGAGGCGUACGCCCGGAGCAAGCUGGCACAGGUUCUGUUCACCUACCACCUGCACUAUGAACUUCAGUCGAGCAGAUCUGACCCGGGCCUGGUGAACACUGGACUGUACAGUCACCGCAGCAAUCUGACCCGACUCAUAGCACGACUGGUGAUUAAGGAUCGUUGA